CCUAGCUGAGUCCUGAGUGCGUUUGCCUGAAGUGUGAAGUCAUGGUAACAGCUCCAAGCCUCCCAACCUCAGUCUGACUCGGCACUGGUAGCUGUCACUCCCCUGGGUGGGACGUAGCUACUCUUUCUCAGUCACAUAAUAGCAGAGAUGUUGGAGCCUGCAGGGCGUACUGUUAGGUAGAACUCCGAGCUCCGGGCUAGACAAAGAAGAUUUUUGUGAUACCGUAGAUCGGAGGACUAUCAUUCCAGCAGUCGCAUCCAUGGACACUGUAAAGAAUGGGGGAUCUCAGCCUGUCUACAGCCGCUGGUCAUACAGACCCUCCAGCUCUGCCAGCUUCUCCUCUAACUCAGCAGCAAGUGGCAUUGAAGAUGACAGCUCCAGUCUUAUGCAGCAGAAGCUGGAAAAACAGAGGGCGCUGCUGGAGCAGAAGCAGCGGAGGAAGCGGCAGGAACCUCUCAUGGUCCAGCCCAACACGGAGGCUCGACCACGGCGCUCCAGGACACGGCGCGGCGAGGAGCAGGCGCCUCUGGUGGAGUCUCAAGUCAACGUCACCAACGAUGUCAUCAUGGACGGUAUCGAUGGUCCAGCAGCGUUCUUGGCCACAGAAGCUCCUGAUCCUGGGAUGAAAAUCCAAAUUUUGUCAGUGAGCCAGUCCCAGUCCCAGUCUCAGUCCCAGUCCCAGUCUCAGUCCCAGCCUCAGUCCCAGCCUCAGUCCCAGUCGCCCACUGCCGAGGAACCAGAGAGGGAUGGAGACACCGAGUCGCUCCUGGAGCCCAAGACAGAUAUCCAUGAAUUACUGCAGAAACAAGGUCUGUGUGGCAGCAUGAACUUCGAUGAAGCCAGCGACCAUGAGGACGAUACCGAGGAGGAACGGACACGUUCUCUGUCUCCUAAACCGGACACCACCAGACCCUCCUCAGCCGCCAGUGGCAAGGACACCCCGGAGGUGGUAACUCCGGGAUCGCCCACAGCAGACAGCGCGCUGAUCGACGUGGCCAAUCUAGAGGAGUUUGUCUUCCGUCCGGCUCCGCGCGGCGUCACCGUCAAAUGUCGAAUCACCCGGGACAAGAAGGGCAUGGACCGCGGCCUCUACCCCACCUACUUCAUGCACAUGGAGAGAGAGGACGGCAAGAGAGUGUUUCUGCUGGCAGGAAGGAAGAGAAAGAAGAGUAAGACAUCCAACUACCUUAUUUCAGUGGAUGCCACUGAUCUGUCAAGAGAGGGAGAGAGCUUCAUAGGUAAACUGAGGUCCAACCUCAUGGGCACCAAAUUCACGGUGUACGACAACGGCACGAAUCCCUGCAAAAACCCCGGGACGCUGCUGGAAGAGAGCAACACGCGACAGGAACUGGCUGCCAUCUGCUACGAAACCAACGUGCUGGGAUUCAAAGGACCGCGUAAGAUGACCGUAAUCAUCCCGGGCAUGAACAUGAACUUUGAACGAGUCCCCGUGAGGCCUCAAAAUGAUCAGGAGAGCCUCCUGAGCAGGUGGCAGAACCACUCGCUGGACAACCUGAUCGAGCUGCACAACAAGGCGCCCGUGUGGAACGACGACACCCAGUCUUAUGUGCUGAACUUCCACGGCCGCGUCACUCAAGCUUCAGUCAAGAACUUUCAAAUAGUUCAUGACAACGACCCCGACUACAUCGUCAUGCAGUUUGGCAGAGUGGCCGAAGACAUCUUCACUCUGGACUACAACUAUCCCAUGUGCGCCCUUCAAGCCUUCGCCAUCGGCCUGUCGAGUUUUGACAGCAAGCUGGCCUGUGAAUGAACCGCCGGUUUCACUCGCUCGCCGCCGCCUUUCCCUCGUCCUCCCUCAAAUCUCUUCUCGCCGGGGCUAUCCGGAAAGCCGACAGCUACGCUGCUCACAUCACAGACGUGAGACCGAAUGAGACUGAUCGGAGAUGUUGGUGCUCUGUCGGCCGGGUCGAUAUCAGUUUAACCUUUUUGUACAGUGCAUGUA